AUGGGCGAACGAAUUCGCCUCUUCUCGACCGCUUCAUUCGUCUCACCUGCCACAACAUCCAGAUGUAGUGAGCCGACGGAAGGGGGCGGAGCUUCAGGGGGACGAGGAACAACGAUGACAGUUACAACCAGUGGGUCCGGUGGAACGGUUAUCGGUUUGGCAAAGUCACAUUCGUUGAAUAGUUUCGAAGAUUCGACCGCGCCAGUCUUCGUGUCGACAACAACGACGCGGUGUCAAUCGGGUAGGAAAAGUCAUCAAUUGAACCAUCAGAGGAACAAUUCCGGUGUAAUAGGAAUCACAACAGAAGAGCAUCAUCGAAACUUCGAGAAGAAAAAGUCGAGGAUAGAUGCCAUCGGGUCACUGUUAUCACUGCCAAGUCACGACGAGCCAAUGAGCAAUUCAGGAAUGGAUUCGGUAGAUCUGGAAAAAGGGCUAGAAAAGGACGUCUCACAGCUGGGAAUUCUUUGUCAUCACUGCUCGACGACGGAUUUAACGUGUCCGAAAACGCAGAAGGAGCUGCCAUCACCAUCUGCAUCAUCCGUUUAUUCAUUGGCAAGAUCCGAUAUGUCCAACGAGCCGUUGUGCAGAAUUUGUCAUUGCUGUUGGCCUCCAGAUUCCAAUGAUCCACUGAUUUCGCCGUGUAGAUGUUCUGGAUCCUUGCAGUAUGUACAUGUUUCGUGUUUGAUGCACUGGCUCGAUAUCUCAUCUCGAAAACUGCACCGACCGGCCAUCUGUGAACUGUGUUUAUACAAAUACAGAAGACGUCGAGUGCUGAAAUAUCGUGAGAUGAAGCUUCCACAGUGUGCUCAAGCCGAUAUUCGAUUCUACACACUUUUUGUUAUUGCAAUUGUUUUGAUGAUUCUAUCGGCGUUUGCCACUGUCGUCUGUUUUCAACUGGAAAAGAGUUACGGGUUACCAGCGGAGCUUAGGAAUCGAACCAUAUCCCCAAUGAACGUGGAAGGUGUCGCCAGUGAUUUAUCCCCAGCUGCACCUCCUCCUGCUCCGCCCUCUCUCACUGCCGUGGCUCCGAAUACAGAAGACUCAACGACGGCUAGUGUGGUGUUAGGUGCAAGAAAACGAAUCGGUGAUAUAACAGUAAGUGCCUCCUCAAAAGACGAGUACGGUCGGCGUGACGACGCCGAAAAUGUGUUAUCGACGGUGACGCUGAUCGCCGCAAUGGUCUUCUUCCUUAGCUUUUUCCUCGCCAUGUAUGCUCAUGUUAAGUCGGGUCUAUCGUUUUGCGGAUAUUUGACAUUAUGCUGGAGUUCGAAUCUCGAAUGGUCUAUCGAAGAAUACAAACAUUCAAGGGACACACAGUAUCUGAAUAAGUUGGAGGAGUUGCGGCGGAAAAUUAAUGAAAAACAGAAGAAAGCCGCCGACGAAGUGGAACCAUUACGAAGUUCUGUGAUUGUUCUUGAAUAG